CCAAGCUCCAUCCAGAGGUGGAGGACCCUAUGACCGAGCCGGUCGACGAGGUGGCGAUGAUGCUGGCGGGGUCCGGCCAGCCGCAUGGACGUCCUGCCUGCCUUGCUGGGGGUUUCAAGCCUCAGAGGAACUUCACGCAGAUCAAGGCUACCCUCCCCUCCGGCAGCUACGCUACCUCCUCGCGGACUACAUGCCGUUCUCGGGUAGAGGUAGAUACUCAGCUCGAGGAGGCCUAUGCAGUAGCUUACGAGGAGUAUCUCGAGAAGAUUAAGGAGCAUGACCUUGUGAAAGAUGCCUAUGUCCAGUGGACGAGCAACCAGAUGGCGGUAAGUUUCAAUCUCUAUGGUUGCAAAACAUCAUAAGUCCCCAUGUUUGAAUCUGAGCUAUCUCUCCCGUUUCUUGCAGAGUUUCACUCGGUUCAUGAUGACUGGAGUGCG